AUGGAGAAUAACAGCCUCGUCCUUUUUGUUGCUCGCAUCUCUUCUCAUGGUCAGGGAGAUUACCGUGAACGUCUUACCAAGAGCCUCGAGUAUACUCGUCUUAGAUACGAGGAAACUUAUGGGGCUGUUGGAGAGAAGGUUCCGUUUCUCAUAUUCAGCCAAUCGUCUAAUAGGAUGUUUCCUGCGAAUGGACAAACUAUAGCUGACCUUAAUGCAUUCCUCUCUCGCUGUGCCGAAACUGGAUGCCCUGCCGUAUUAGCGCUCAAUGGUUGGGAUGGAUUGUCUACUAAUGCAGUAGCGCUAACAUCCCUAUUUGAGCCUUAUAUGGACCGUGUGUGCAUCACCAUAGGAUCUUCGCGAAUAAUCCACGAAGAUUUUAUGAAGUUUCGAGUACGGGCACUGUACUACUGCAAGCUCAAGAUCGCUGAGGAUGUACUAGCGCUUCAAGAAGAGUCUUAUCAUCGAAACACGCCUCCUGAGUGGCGGCUGGGCGGGAGCCACACUUGCGGAGAGUGUGGAAAUGCGUUUGACACUUCUGUUCAGCUUAACAAUCAUAUGCAUAAGCAUCAUGAAGUUACUGAGAAGCCUAUGUGCCAGUACUGUUCGGAAGAGUUUACCAGGGCUGACCAUCGAGAUCGUCACGAGAAGGAAUUUUGCAAACAAAGGCCUGGAUAUGUUCAAAAGCCUUCGAAGCGUCGUGCGCCCCGUGGCAGUAAGUCACGGACAGCACAGCGCGAAGAAGAUGCUGUAAUAUCGGACAAUGGUAUCCCUAACUACCUGUCCCUCACGGUGAACACGCUGGACCUCCCUCGGGUAGAGCCUAAAGCUGAACUCAGUGAGCGGUUGGUAUACAGGGGCGAGGUCUGGUGCCGCUACCCCGGUUGCGUGCACCAGACAAAAUACUCGUCCCCCGCAAAACUCCGUACACAUUAUAAGAACGCCCACCGUUUCGAGUACCCCGCGUUGUCCCCUGGGAACCUAAUCCAGAGGGAGCAAAGAGUGCACGAUCAGGGUCUUGAAUGGUUGGCGCGCUGUGCUUACUACGGACGCGAUCGCUGGUUCAAAGCCGGAGUCCAGCCUAAGCCACUUAAAAAGUACGGAGAUCUUGCGGGCCCGAAAAAUGCCACGUCCGAUUAG